CUUUUCUCCGCCCUUGGUCCCACUGGCAGGAGCCGAAAGGAAGCUCAGACACACCCUCUCGCUCGACAACAUUGCAAUUCACGGCGAGAUACGCUCGUUUGUCACAUUAAUGCGUGAUAUUUGGUGCGAAAAUGGGGAAUCGGAAGCUGAAGUGGACGGAGGAGGAGGAGGUGGCGCUGAUGGCCGGAAUUGCGAAGCACGGCGCCGGAAAGUGGAAGACUAUUCUAGUUGACGCCGAAUUUGCGGAUAUACUCUCCAACCGAUCGAAUGUUGACCUCAAGGACAAGUGGCGGAAUAUUGGUGCAAACCAUGGACAAGGUUCAAAUGUUAUUACUCCUAAAAAAGGAAGAGCAACUGCCACAAGUAUGCAAGAGCUCCAAACUAAAAUUUCACCUCAUGCUUGCGGCUCCAAAGACAAUUCCAAUGGCAACUCUCCCCUAAGCCCACGGGAAGUUAAUGAUGCACCAAAUGGUCGCGAACUCGGUGUGGAUUGGCUAGCUACUCUGGCUUUGAUGAAAUUUAUGUUAUCGGUUGAUUACAAAAUAUGUAUCUGGAAGGGAAUUGACACUUUGAUGUUGUCUUGCAGUCUCAAUAGUAUGAUCCUUGAAGCAAUUUCAACCUUCAAGGAUGGAAGGGGAUCUGAUUUUGGUACAAUCCUCGGGUUUAUUGAGAGAAAGUAUGAGGUGCCACAAGGCUUCAGAAGGUCACUGAUUUCAAAGCUAAGGAGACUUGUUUCACAAGGCACGCUUGAGAAGGUCAAAAAACGGUACAAGGUGAAAAGUGAUGCUUCGGGUACCCAUGCAACUGCGCCAAGACAAAAGCAUGUUUGGCCAAAGCUAUUACAAGAGACUUGUUGGCAGAUUAAUUCACCCCAACUUGAAGAUGCUGCCAAAAGUGCUGCCCAAAAAAUUGCAGAGGCCGAAAAUAAAGCCUUUGUGGCGGCAGAAGCAGUUAGAGAGUCCGAGAGGGUCUCCCAAAUGGCUGAAGAUGCAGAUGCUAUGCUCAUGCGACUAAAAGAAAUUUUUGAACAAUGGGAAGAUCAGGAUGGUGCAGCUGAUAAAUGUUCUUCCGAACUCAUCUUCGUGGUGUAACUUAUAUCUUGUUUGAUAGAGAAAGAUUAAUUGUUAGCUAGAACAAGUCAACCAUAAGGGGCUAGUUUUUGUUAGCUAGAAAAAAGUCAACUAGCCAACAGUGUGGCUGAUCCACAUCAUGUAUCAUCAGCUUAUAUUGGCAUUUAAAAUUUUGUACAUUCUGGAAGUCCAUAUUGUUAAUUUAGAUAGUGACUCUUGAACGUUCAGUUCAUUUGUUCAGUACUUUUACUGUUUUAAUUAUUUACUGUUAUAAAUUACUGAAUGAUUUAUAUGUAGUUGGGUUUUGAUUUAUAUCACCCCAAUAUUAU